AGGGCGUCUGGAAAAUGUGGGGAAACUCAGCUAGCGAAUGUCCACCUCAUUUUUCUGAUUGGUUGUGGUGCAGUACAGGGGCGGGGUGUAGCUAUGUAAAACAUUUUGAUUGGGUAUAUGAGGGGGCGUGUUGGGGAAUUCCCGAUAGGGCGGAAGCACUGGAGCUCAUCGCAGAGCCCAGCGACAGGCAGGCGACCACAGGGGGCCACCCGAGGUGGCUGGGGCCAUGGCCGGGGUCGCGUGCUUGGGGAAAACUGCGGAUGCCGAUGAAUGGUGUGACAGCGGCCUGGGCUCUCUAGGUCCCGACGCAGCGGCUCCCGGAGGACCAGGUCUGGGCGCAGAGCUUGGUCCAGAGCUGUCGUGGGCGCCCUUAGUCUUUGGCUACGUCACUGAGGAUGGGGACACAGCCCUGCACUUGGCUGUGAUUCAUCAGCAUGAGCCCUUCCUGGAUUUCCUCCUGGGCUUCUCCGCCGGCACCGAGUACCUUGACCUGCAGAAUGACCUAGGCCAAACAGCCCUGCAUCUAGCAGCCAUCCUUGGGGAGGCAUCUACAGUAGAGAAGUUGUAUGCAGCCGGUGCAGGAGUGUUGGUGACUGAAAGAGGGGGCCACACGGCAUUGCACUUGGCCUGCCGGGUCAGGGCACACACGUGCGCAUGCGUAUUGCUCCAGCCCCGUCCCAGUCACCCAAGAGAUGCCUCAGAUACCUACCUCACUCAGAGCCAGGACUGUACCCCAGACACCAGCCAUGCCCCUGCUGCCGUGGAUUCCCAACCCAACCCAGAGAACGAAGAGGAGCCGCGUGAUGAAGACUGGAGGCUACAGCUAGAAGCUGAAAACUAUGAUGGCCACACCCCACUCCAUGUAGCUGUCAUCCACAAAGAUGCAGAGAUGGUCCGGCUGCUCAGGGAUGCCGGAGCCGACCUCAAUAAACCGGAGCCUACGUGUGGCCGGACCCCUCUGCACCUGGCAGUAGAAGCCCAGGCAGCCAGCGUGCUGGAACUUCUCCUGAAGGCUGGUGCUGACCCCACCGCCCGCAUGUAUGGGGGCCGCACCCCACUUGGCAGUGCCCUGCUCCGGCCCAACCCCAUCCUUGCACGCCUCCUCCGUGCACAUGGGGCCCCUGAACCUGAGGACGAGGACGAUAAGCUUAGCCCUUGCAGCAGCAGCGGCAGCGACAGUGACAGUGACAACAGAGAUGAGGGCGAUGAAUAUGAUGACAUCGUGGUUCACAGUGGCAGGAGCCAAAACCGGCUACCGCCUUCCCCGGCAUCCAAACCUCUUCCUGAUGACCCCAACCCCGCCUGACUUAAGUGCUAAUAUUAAUAUAAUUUCCAAUUUAAUAAAAUUGCAGACCUGACAACCAGAGCCCA